CGCACCGCAACACUGGGCGAACACCGUGAUCACAAAGACACGACAUACCUACCACCAACAUCUUCAAGUCCACCCAGUGUAUACGAUGAAGCGCACAGCAUUUGUCGCCCUCGCCGCCCUCGCCCUCACCUCCUCCGCCCAGCUCAUCCCCUUCUUCACCGACCGCAAACAGCCGGCAGCACCAGGCGCCCGCACACCCGACCGCCUGAAUCAAAAGCCCAUGGCAGGCAAUCAACUAAACAACCCAGGAAUUCAACUCCCGCCCUCGAACACAGACAACGACAACCCCAGCUCCGGCCCCCCCACGGGCGACGUAAUCCUCAGCGACGUCCUCGGCACGCAGCCCUCCAUCCAAAUCUUCGCCGGCUUCACCCUCGACAUCCCCUCCGUGUCUUCCCGCCUCAACAACGGGAAUCAAAACACGACGGUGCUCGCGCCGCUGAAUCGCGCAAUCACAUCCCUCCCUCGCAAACCGUGGGAGGAUGCGAGAGAGUACGCUGCGCUAGGAGCUGAAGCGUAUUCUGGUUCGGAAGGCGAGGACCGCGCGCAGAGGAAUCUGAGGCGCUUUGCUGAGGCGCAUAUUGUGCCUGUGUCGCCUUGGAAGGAGGGGGAGAAGGUGCAGAGUUUGGGCGGGGGGACGGUGUGGUGGGAGAAGAGGGAUGGGAAGACGCUUGUUAUGCCGGGGAGUGUGGAGGUUGAAGGGGUGGUGAGUCGGGUUGCGAAUGGAGAGGUUUGGGUUGUGAAGGAGGUGGUGAAUUAUACUUGAUUCUUUGCUUGCUUGGUCUAUGAUGGAUUGGGACUUGUUAUUCCUGCAAGUUGGGGUUUGGUGCACGGCGGACAAUUGAUGUUGACAUGGGACUAUGACAUGAAGCCACACUAUGCUUGCAGUGACCGAUUGCGAAAGGAGGGUGAGGCUCAUCAACGUGAGCAGUGACGUCGAAGUGCAAAGGGCGUCUGCAUGAGAUGCAGUAACCACGCUUCGCAA